AUGAUGCAAGCUAUUCAUGUGGAUGUUGUGAAAGAGGAAGGUUCGCCCCAAGAGACGACCCUUAUGAAAGCUAAAGCAUCGCAGCCUGUGACAAACAGUCUUUUAGAUAAGCCGAGGGGAAAGCCUCAGUCUUCGAUGUCAAAGAUUUUAUUCUUGGAUGGAUUACGUGGAGCGGCAGUGAUCACCGUCGUAACUCAGCAUUCUGGUUACAUGCACGACCUUUGUUUGGGAGCCGUUGGUGUCGACACUUUUUUUGUAUUGUCUUCGUUCCUAUUGACAAUGAUCUUUAUGAAGAAAAGCAUUAGUUUGAUUGCUGAAUCGGCAAGUUAUCGAAAGUGGAGUAUUACAUUACUCGACUACUUCUCGAAACGGUUUUUUCGUGUCUAUCCGCUUUUUGCUCUGCUAUCUAUUGUGUUGUGGUUGUUACCGUACGAGUACAAGCACCAAUACUAUCUGGUGAAAAAGCCUGAGGAUUUUAAUCUGUUUCAGACUCUUACGUUUCAUCCCGAGCAUCGACACUAUCUACUGUGGACACUGCCUCUUGAAAUCUCAUACUAUUUUCUCUUGCCUAUAUUUGUUCUCUGUGUGCUCAAAAUUGGACGUUGCUGGUGGCUGGCAUUUGUGCCAUUGUAUGUCUGGAUCAUUCAUGAAGGUGUCUACACGACCCGAUCAAACUUUUAUCGACAGCCUCUAUCUGCGCAUCUCCCCACGUUUGUGGCGGGAUCCAUGGCUGCUGUUAUUUCCGUGAAGCUUGAUAUGUGGAUCAAAGCUCGUGGUCUGGAAUUUCAAACUAUUCACGUUAUUGGUCUUCGAAUCGUAGAGGCAAUUUUAAUUGCGGGAUUUCUUAGCGUAUCUUUCCGUGGAUUGUUCUUUAACUGGCUGGGCCAGCCGCUGUCUGACUCCAAGAAAUACUUCAUGCCAUUUAUAAGCGUCAAGCUGUCCCUGAUUAUUGUGAUUGAAUUGCUGCGGCCGUCUACUGUAUCUGACAUUUUCGAGUGGGUCGUGCUUCGCUAUAUGGGCAAAAUUAGCUUUUCCGUCUAUCUUCUGCACGUAUUUGUGAUUUUUACAAAACCCGUGAAAAAUCAAGGAUAUUACUACGACCGAAUCUUCUUGAUCUUUGCAUUGGUAAUUAUGCUAGCGACUGUAUCAUUCUAUUUAGUCGAGUAUCCAUCUCAGUUGCUGGCACAGAAGAUUUCGCGCAAAUUGGCAAGUCUCACUCCUAUGGAACAUCAUAAACUUUCUGAUGAGAGUGAUGAGAAUUUGGAAGAAGGAGAAGUCAACAAUGCUCAUUCGCAGAAAAAAUGCGCGUCGCCGUCGAGUCGCAAGCUGGAAGUAUAA